UCUUCGCAGCGACUGAGGCGCUUCUCGCUGAGGCGGCGGCAACGGCAACGGAGCCGGGCAGAGGCUCUCCCGAGGCGCGGCGCCAUGUUCCGGCGGAAGCUGUCAGCGCUUGACUACCACAACCCGGCCGGGUUCAACUGCCGAGAUGAAACUGAAUUUCGAAACUUUAUUGUUUGGCUUGAAGACCAGAAAAUCAGACACUACAAAAUUGAAGACAGAGGGAAUCUGAGAAACAUCCACAAUGCUGCAGAAUGGACAAAGUCCUUUGAAAAGUACCUUAAAGAUGUGAAUUGUCCCUUCAACAUCCAAGAGCGACAAGAAACAAUUGACUGGCUUUUGGGACUGGCAGUUAGGCUUGAGUAUGGGGACAACGCUGACAAGUAUAAGGACUCCACGCCUGAGGGGGCUAAGAACACAGACAAUGCAUCUAAAAAUGCAGAACCCCUCAUCAACCUGGAUGUAAACAACCCUGACUUUAAGGCUGGUGUGAUGGCUUUGGCGAACCUCCUUCAGAUCCAGCGUCAUGAUGACUAUUUGGUGAUGCUCAAGGCAAUUCGCAUCUUGGUUCAGGAGCGUUUGAGUCAGGAGGCUGUCGCCAAGGCAAAUCAGUCCAAAGAGGGCUUGCCUGUCACCUUGGACAAGCACAUUCUUGGCUUUGACACAGGAGAUGCCGUUCUCAACGAAGCCGCCCAGAUCCUCCGCCUCCUGCAUAUAGAAGAGCUCCGCGAGCUGCAGACGAAGAUCAACGAAGCCAUCGUAGCGGUCCAGGCGAUUAUUGCCGAUCCAAAAACUGACCAUAGACUGGGCAAGGUGGGGAGAUGAGCAAGCAGGCAGGUUCCUGGCUCCCCAGCUGCUGCUGCUGCUGCUGGCCUCGCCCUUAGGGGAACUCCUCCAAGCUGAACCUCGCAUGCAGUUGAGAAAAAAGGGAUACGGCUGCCGUGUUUGGAAAGAAAACAAGGGCAGCUGCCAGCACAUCCGCUCCAUAUCAUUUUUUUCUUUACGUGAAUAAAAGCUUGGAUUAAACCGA